CUAGUCCCACCAUGGUCGUUGAAACUCAACCAGUUCGGGUACAAUAUCGAGAUUGGAAUGACGGACUAUGCGCGUGUACAAACGAUGCGAAAAUAUGUUGGUGUACACUCUGUUGCUACUGGUGUCGGCUAUGCUAUAUCUCACAAAAGUUUGGUGACCCUUUUUGUCUGCCAGUUAUUAUGCCCUUUGUUGGAUUCGCCUUUGGUCUGCUUCAUCGUGGACGGCAGCGUAUCAACGGGACAGUAUGCAGAGACUUCUGUGAAAACAUUUGGUGUACCACAUGCUACGUAUGCCGGCUUCAACGCGACAUGA